AUGAAAGAUUUUGUGAGGUUACAGUCCUCUUUCCUUUUGUGCAUGAUUUUGACUCUUUCUGAGCAAGAGUCAGUGUCAGUAGGAUGUACUUCCUCUAUGUUCUGGGUUGUGGCUGAACCAACUUUACUUGGUCAAGAUCAUAUUUUGCAUUCUGAUGAAGCAUCUCUGGAAACUGGCUGUCCUGUAACCAAUGUAACUGCGAAGGGAUAUGAGUUUAAUUACCCUGCCACUGAGUGUGGGAUUCAGAAAGAGGUUUUCUCAUAUGUAACAGUUUUUUAUUCAGCACUCCACUGUAAUAUAAUGCACAAAGGAGUCACUGGCAAAAUUCCUUUGAUGUGUAUUGUAUAUGGCUCAUCUUUGGAUACCACUUCAAGCACUAUCCAUAACAAUCUUACAGAAUUCCAAAAUGACCCUCCCUCUACCAAUUCUCAUUCUCCCUGGAACUUAACCAACGCUAGCUUAUUUGGAUUGACUCGGAUUCCAUAUUUUCUUUUUUUUUUUUUUUUUUUUUUUGAGACGGAGUCUCGCUCUGUAGAGGCAUCUCAUCAGUCACUUCUACUUAAUAUGUCUCAUCCAUUAGUCCAUGAUAGUGCAAAUGUAGCUAUAUUCUAGGUUCUUCCAUGGCAAUCCUGAAAACUCUGUUGCUACAGCUUACUUAAAAUUUAAUUUUUGAACCACUCACUACAGAUUUAUCAC